AGGAUGUGACGUUGCCUAGUUACCAGGCGCCAUCACGUUGACGGAAGCUAGCUAGCUGCAGCUCGCUGGGAAAUAUUGUUUGUUAUUGCAGCUUUGUGCUCCAAUUACCCGUCUUCUCGAAGUAAAUUCAGCAUUAACAUGAAACACUAUUAAACGGGCUACCCUUCGACAGGUUCAGUGUGUCGUGGGAAGUCUGCCAUGUUCAACCCCAGUGAACUAGAAGGUGAAGUGGAUCAUUCGUUUUUCGACAGUGACUGUGAUGAUGGCAGCAGAGGUGGAGGGGAGAAGAUGCAGAAAGGCUUGAAGGCUGAAAAGGAGACCCCACCAGCACCUGAGAGGCUACAUUCAAACCAGACGGAAGGUUGGUCUCCAAGGACUGAUGGGACAAAAAAACACCAGAAGCUGGUCGACAAAAACAGUAGCAGCAGAGCAGAAAGGAAAGGGAACAGCUGUCAAUCAGAGGAAGAAGAGAGCAGCAGGGCCUCCAGCGUAUCAUCUGUUGCCUGUACAUCAAAUAAAGCCAUCCAUAGUAGCAGUGAUAGUGAGGACGACUCAAAUUUGCAGUCUAAAAGGCACAAUGGAACAUUUAUGGUGUUAUUGGAUGAGGCCAGUGAGGUAGAUAAUAAGGAUGUGUACAGCCAGAGACCAAAUGAGUAUAAAGAAGAUGCAUUGCCAUCCAAACACUCAGGCUCAAAGAGAACUAAACAAUCUCCUAAAAAACAGAUAAGAAAUUGGCCCACCCGCAGUCCAUCCCCAUCAUCAACUGAGAGCAGUGUAGAUGCAGACUCGGAGAGCUCCACUAGCAGCAGAAAUGGGAGAAGCAGUGUAGAUUCCCCCACCCUUCCCAGGCCCAACAAGCCUUCUUUACCCCCUGGAGUCAGAAGGACCCGCGCAGGCUCAGCAGGAUCUCUGGAUGUGCCUAUCGGCGUAGCAGAGGAGUCAGAGGAUACAGUGACAGAUGUGAGCCCCCUCUCCUCUUCUGACAUCAGCCCUUUCCAGUCACUGGACCUGAACCACACAGAGGCUGAAGAGGGAAGCCUGAAGGAGCAGCAGCAGCAGCAUCAGGAGAGUGUGCCCUCCAGUGGCCUUAGUGACAUGCAUCAGGAUGAGGACUCAGAUCAGGAUGUAGAUGAGUGCUCCCUCCGUUCAGAGAGUCAGCUUGGAGGUAAACUGGUUUUCUGCUGUCCUGGAGGAGGAAACAGGAAGAACUACUCGUUCACCAAUGAUGAGGUCCAACGCAUAGAUUGCGAGAACCAGCGUCUUCUUCGUGAGCUUUCCCGCCAGUCUCCAGGGCCCAGACCAGGAAGUACAGCGAGGAAGAAAACCCAUAUGGCCAGCAAGCUGCCUCAUAUCCGCCUCUCUCACAGCGCACUCAACAGGCAGCGGGAACAGCAACGCAUCGAGAGGGAAAACUUGGCUUUUUUGAAGAGGCUGGAGUCUGUCAAGCCAACACCUGGCCUAAAGCGUUCAGAACAAAUGAAGGACUACCAGCGACACAUCGGAUUCGUGGGAGCUCCUUCAUACCCGGUCUGUAUGUCCACUACAAAGUCAGAGAGGUCGACCAGCAAGACGCCCUCAGCAGGUCCCAGGCCAGCCAGUUCCAUCCUCCACAGCUCCAGAGCAGUUUCCACUCCUAACUUCGGCAAACACCCUUACCCAGGUCAAAAAAACUGAGUGCAGCCCAGCCAACCUGGUGCUGACAACUUUGACAUUUACUAAUCUAAUCUACAAAGAAACACGUCGCUGGUAUACAUUCAUCACAAAAGGGUAUGUUGCCAAGGUACUUAGCUUAAAGCAUCUUUUUUUUUACAUGCAUGGGUUCAUUAUACUUUUAGUUGACUUAACUAACUAUUCAGUGAUUUGUAUUGUCAUGCUUAUCAGUCAUAAAGAAGAUGGACUUUUCCCCCCAUUCUUUGAUGCUAAAAUAAAGCAAAUGUAAUCUAAGCUCAGAGAUAUUGUAGCGCAUUUGAAUAGUUCAGUUGUGGCUUCAAAGUACUGCAGUAACUCUUCAAGACAGUAAGCUAGCUUUAUAUUUGUAAGGAAUGUCCUAUACUUCAACAGCUGUGUUGAAAUAACAAUUAACUGUUUCAGUGAGUGAUGUUUCCAUUGCACGUGCAUUUCUUU